UUUGCUCUCCCGUUGUUGUUUGUGUCUGAAGCCGCCUGAUGACCAGCGCAGGGAUUUCACCUCGUCCUUGACAGCAACACAAAUCAACAGAAAAAAAACCCGACCUGUUUCCCUCUCACCGUAUCGUUUUGGUUAUUAUCUAAUGAAACAGGUAGAAGAAGCCAUCAACAAGGUUUGUGUCAUACAGCAACAGGCGAGCUGUAGAAAAAUGAAGACUGCUGAACCUGAAGACCGGAUGUCUUCCAAGCGACCAGCCUCUCCAUAUGGGGCAACAGAUGGAGAGGUAGUCAUGGUGACAAGCAGACAGAAAUUGGAAGACGAGGAGAGUGACGGACACCCCGUCAUUCACUUCCCCCUGAGCUCCAGCAGCAGCAGGCCCUCCCCCCGCUCCCUGGACAGCCCCCCAAUGGACCAUGAGAGCAGUAAGGGUGCUUCUCUGAGCCCCUACACCCAGCACAAUUCUUCUACCUCACCCACCAAGAUGGAAGAUGGUGGCCGUCCAGGAAGUGAGCCAGGCUCGGCCGCAGCGCUCGGCACCCCAGAGCGGCGCAAAGGCAGCCUGGCCGACGUGGUGGACACGCUGAAGCAGCGCAAGAUGGAGGAGCUUAUCAAGAACGAACCAGAGGAAGCCCCCAGCAUUGAGAAGCUGCUGUCCAAGGACUGGAAGGACAAGCUGUUGGCCAUGGGAUCAGGGAGCUUUGGCGAAAUCAAAGGAACCCCGGACAGCCUGGCGGACAAGGAGCGUCAGCUGAUGGGCAUGAUCACACAGCUGACCAGCCUGAGGGAGCAGCUAUUGGCCGCCCAUGAGGAGCAGAAGAAGCUGGCCGCAUCACAGAUGGAGAAGCAGCGGCAGCAGAUGGAGCUAGCCAAGCAGCAGCAGGAGCAGAUCGCUCGGCAACAGCAGCAACUCCUCCAGCAGCAACACAAAAUUAACCUUCUGCAACAGCAGAUCCAGCAGGUCCAGGGUCAGUUGCCUCCCCUGAUGAUCCCUGUGUUCCCUCCAGACCAGAGGACUCUGGCUGCAGCUGCAGCCCAGCAGGGCUUCCUCCUGCCUCCAGGGUUCAACUACAAGCCAGGCUGCAGUGACCCUUACCCUCUCCAGCUGAUGCCCACCACCAUGGCAGCUGCUGCUGCAGCUACGCCUGGGCUCGGUCCCCUGCAGCUCCAGCAGCUUUACGCGGCCCAGCUGGCGGCCAUGCAGGUGUCCCCAGGGGCCAACCUAGUCGGCACGCACUCGCCCUCUAGUGGCCCGACGGAGAAGUGCAGAGGCACGCCGCCGCCAAAACCCAAGGACGAGGGCGCUCAGCCCCUGAACCUGUCGUCCAAGCCUAAGACAGCCGAGAGCAAGUCACCCACCUCCCCCACUUCCCCACAGGUCUCUGCGCAGAAGCUGGGCCCCGGGUCCCUGAAGCACAGCGCCCCCACCAGCAUCGGCAGUCCGCCCACUCGAAUCAGCUCCAUAGACCUCCUCUCCUCUAUCACAUCUGGCGGGUUCUUGAAUGACCAUGAGGCGGUGACCAAAGCCUUCCAGGAGGCCCGGCAAAUGAAGGAGCAGCUGAAGAGGGAGCAGCAGGUGCUGGACGCCAAGGUGGCCGCGGUCAGCAGCCUGGCCCUCAACAAUGGCCGUUCAGAGAAGGAGAAGACCCUGGAGAGUCUGUCACAGCAGCUGAAGCAAUCAGAGGAGGGAAAGUUCAGCCACACCCUGAUGGACUUCAACAUGAGCGGAGACUCAGAUGGCAGUCCCAGCGUGUCUGAUUCACGGAUGUUUCGGGAGGCUCGGGGCAGAGGGGCCGGGGAACCUCACAUAAAACGUCCCAUGAAUGCCUUCAUGGUCUGGGCAAAGGAUGAGAGGAGGAAGAUUCUCCAGGCUUUCCCCGACAUGCACAACUCCAACAUCAGCAAAAUCCUGGGGUCCCGCUGGAAGGCCAUGACUAAUCUGGAGAAGCAGCCAUAUUACGAGGAGCAGGCGCGCCUCAGUAAGCAGCACCUGGAGAAGUACCCCGAUUACAAGUACAAGCCCCGCCCCAAGCGCACCUGCCUGGUGGACGGCAAGAAGCUGCGCAUCGGCGAGUACAAGGCCAUCAUGCGCAACCGCAGGCAGGAGAUGCGCCAGUACUUCAGCGUGGGGCAGCAGAGCCAGCUACCCCUGGCAUCGGCAGUGUACCCUGGGGCCCUCUCCAUGGCAGGCAUGCCCUCCCCGCAGGUACCCUCUGAGCACUCCAGCAUGUCCAGCAGCCCGGAGCCAGCCACGCCCGUCAUCCAGAGCAGAUACCUGAGUGGUCCUAAAGGGGAGGAGCCACGCAUCAAAGAGGAGGAGCUGCGCCUGGACGACAGCAACGGCGAUGUCUACGACGACUUUGACUACGACGAUGAGGACGGUGACUACGGCAGCGACAGCGAGACCAACCUCGUUACACAGGCCCACUGAUCUGGGAUCAGCCGGAGGGGACCGACCCCACCCAUAUCACGCCCACGCCCCCCCCCCCUCCCCCCUCCCCCCGUACACCUACUAACCACCGAAGACUCUGUCAGAACCAAGCCGCUCCCACCUGUCCCGGUUUCAGCAGCCAAUCACAGGACUGUCUCACAGUGACUGUUACACAGAGGAAAAAGUCUUAAAGGAAACAAUUAACCGCCGUGACGUCUGCUGAACCCUGCAUCAGAAAAAAUAACUAAAUAAGCUAUGGGACGUAAAAAUGACAAAGCACUGAAAUAUGACCUUCUGGACCUGUUUGUUGAUAGAAAGACACUUUCAAACUGCUUUUUUUUUGGGUUCUAUUAUAUUCUCACUCAGGUACACGGUGCCAACAAGUGGCUUGUGAAUGUGAUUUGAUGUUUUUGUGCUACACUUUUAAGAGAAAAAUAAUAAAAAAAAGAGUUUUACAUUUUUUUUUCUUUCAGGAAAAAGCACCUGAUAUGAGUGAAGACGAGGCUUCUCUCUCGCGGUUCGUUUUUUCUCCAGCUCGAAGCUGUUGACAGAUUCUCUCUGUCAGUCGUCCAUACAGACACUGCAGCCAACAGGAAGUGCCAAAUCUGUGCCGCGCGCUGAGAAUAGGCGACGCUUUUCAGCCCCUCGCCCACGGUCGGGACGGCGCGCCGUCCCACGCCGUGGGGGAGAAGGGAGGACCGUUUUUAGACAAUCCCCGCGAAUCCCGGACCACCAGCAGCUUGUGAUCUCGUUCACCUCCUCCCGCCCCGCGUGCGUCUCACUUUUAUUCCCCCCCUCCAUUCCGCCCAUGCUGUCCAUACGUGCUGUUCUCAGGUGAAGAGGACUUGUGACAGGAGGUAGAAAUGUUCAGAAGCAGCUCGGGGGAUGAAACUUCACCUUUUCCAUUGUCCUUGUCCUUCGUACACUUUGACUACAUUUGCAAUUGUUUUAUAUAUAAAUAUAUAAAUAUAUACAUAUAUAUGAAUAUAUUGUUGCUUUUUCCCAUGGAUGCUGAACAGUUGCACUUCUUGUGGAAGGAUACAGUACUCAGCAUUUGACUGAGUUUCUCUCUAGCUGCACGGGUGUGUCACGUCCUAAGAACUCCCACUGCCCGAAUCAGAGGAGACAGGCAGAAACCAUAAUUACCCCAGAGAGAAAACUUAUAUUAAUUCCUUGGUUUGCAGAGAAGACCCUUUAUUAAUUUCCCUGAUCCACAAAAGCUUAGGAAAUGUGAACAGCUGUACAGCAUGUCAGUGGACUGUGAUGCAAGAUUUGGGAAUCACAGUCGAUCACAGUUACACAGCUACUGAGAAUCAUUUUAUGUCCUUGCAGAGCCAACCCUGUUCCUUGGUGACUUAUUUAUACACCCUUACCUAUUGUAAAGGCUGGAUCGUGAGUUUACCCCCUUUGUAAAGGCUGGACCAUGGGUACAUACACUCUGUAAAGGUGAGGCUGUAUGUUUAUACACUAAUGACAAGGCUACACAGAAUUUAUUCAGUUUGUAAAAGGCUGGGCCAUGAGCUUAUACACUCUGUGAAGGCUUUGGUGUGAGUUUAUACCCUCUGUAAAUACAUGCCUGUGGGUUUAUACAUGUAAAACACAGGACUACAUGUGUAUUCUCUAUACAGGUUGGGCUGUGGGUUUAUACUGUUUGUAAAGGCUGUUUGUUACACACUCAUAAUAACAACCACCGGCUUUAUAGUUGUGUCUGAGAAGGAACCUGGCACAAGGUGUUUGACUGUUGGAAACGUGAGCACACCAUUGAUUCAGCUCUUGGAAAUGGUGUAACUUUCAUCCCCAAGUUAAAUUUGAUCUGCUUAGAUCACUGCUGUCCUUCACUCUGCUGUUCUUAUUGGGAGGAACCCAUCACAUUCUGCAUGUCAGUGUUUCCUUUGUAUUUAAAUACUGUAUUUUUUUCAAUCAAUCUGCCUCUAGUGUAAUAAUAUUAAUAAUAAUUAUGAUGGUCAGCUGUUCCUACGUUUAGUAUGUUAUGUAUAAUUUAUUUUUUCCUUUAUUGGGUAUUUAUUACCUUAUGAAACUGCUUAUAAAAAGAGCAGUACAUUUAGCUGUUAGGUAUUUAGAUCUUAGAGUAUCUUUUUACUUUUGAUUUGAGAUUUUUGUCUAUUUUGUUUUUAUUAUUAUUAUUAUUAUUAUUAUUAUUAUUAUUAUUAUGUUUUUGUUGUUAUUAUUAUAUAUUAUUAUAUAAUAAUAAUAAUAAUCCUGUUGACGCUGUUAUUUUUGAGGAGUCUGUACAAUUUACUGCUGUUGCAAAGGAGAAAAGACUUACUUUCAGUUGUGCAUCCUCAUUAACUUUCAUGUCCAAACCCAUUUCUUAAAGCACUCUGUAUGGACAACUAAAAGAACACAUUUUUGUAAUGGUUUAUGUAUAAUGUGAAAUGUCCUCUUUUUUGAAGAUGAAGAAAAAUUAUAUUGUACCCAGUUUUCACUGAACAAAAAGAGCCUGGCUCACAAUUGCUGGGAUUUUUUCACAUGCAACGCCUUGGAACAUCAUUGGUUUGGACCACAGUCUCCACCCACCUACGGUCUUGCGAUGAAUCAUGCAGUCUACAGGGUACUGUGCCAGAUUAUGGGUGUCAUGGGCAGGUCUAGCAGCUAAUCACAGAGCUGCCCCCUCUAUACAGGAGCUUUUGGCUGUGUAUCUACAUACGCUCAAAGUUUACACUGUUUACACCCCUAUAUGUGUACAACCGAAGAUCGUUGUAGCAAGGGACCAGUGUCUGGUUUGGACAGUAUGCCUAUGAUGCCAGUGAUGUUCCACCGUGUUGCUAUGGCCAUGGAAGAUGACAUGUUUUGUUUAUGUAUCUCCUGACCUGGAGAAAAUGCUUUGUUUUAGCUCCACAGCAUGGCUUAGCCAUGUCAAUUCUUCAGGUGAGCUGCCAGAGUGUGAUCCUUACUGUCAUACCCUGCCAGUCAGUUACCAUCACAGUCACCAUAUCAUACAGUGACCCCCAACAACCAUGCCCUACUAUAUAGCGUAGUUGCCUGCAGGAAAGUGAUCCUUAUAAUCGUACAGUGUGAGGCAAUGAUCCACAUGGUCACACCCUGCCAGAGUAAUCCUGAUCCACUCCAUUGUUAGACCCUAUUCUUGAGGAAAAGUUUACACAAACAGCAUAGAAAGCUUUUUUAAGGGGAGGAGCUAGAGGCAUGUGAUUGAUGUGAUGGAGGGGGUGGAGUUACUCACUUCAGCAGGCAUGCUGUUUGCUACAACAAUAAUAAGUGCAGUAAUAAUAAUGUUGAUGAAAAAAAAUAAAAGACAAUCAAAGUCAUAAAUGGAGCUCAAAACAAAGUUAUAGAGUAAACAAACUUAUCUGUCUCAACUUGAAAUUAAAGAUAAUUUUGUAAAUAUAAGAGGUAUAGAUUUAUAUUUUGUUCAUAACACAGUGUAAUAUAAGUUGUAUAUUUCUUUUGUCUUUUAUUGAUGUUAUCCAUGCCACAAAAAGAGCAGUUGUUGUGUUAUCCAUGCCACAAUAAGAGCAGAUGUUGAUGUACUCUUACAAAAAAAAGAAAAAAAAGAAAAAAAGCCGUGGGUUGACACCUUCUGUUCCGAGUUCACUUUUUCAGUAUUAUUGCCAGUUAAGGCUCUAAUAAAGACAGCAAUGAGUUCUGUAAUGCCCUGCUGGUCCUGGUGAGUGCUUUCUGCGACAGUCAUGUGAUCUGUAAUGCCUUGCUGAGCUUGGUGAGUACUUUGAUGCAGUAAUGAAGUCUAUAUUGCCUUGAUGGGCCUAGCAAGAACUUUUACCAGAUACUCUGUUUUGUAUGAUGGACAUCAUCACUAGUAUGUAAACACUUGGUUGUCCAAUCACUGAGCUAUCAGACUUCACCACCAUGUAACCAAGAAUUUCUAAUUACUAGAUAGGACAAGUAGAUUGGACCAACUAUUUGCAAUUCUGCCAUUUUUGUUGUGAAAACUGCAAAAAUACUUUCUGUGAAAUUAAUAAAUAAAUAAGCAGAUACGUUA